AAUUCAAACUUUUUCACAUUUCAAACAAAAUAAUCAUUUUGAUUUGUUAUUUACUAGUGAACAGGCGUAAUUAUCAAUUUUAGUAAAAAUAGUCAAGAAUGGGAAAGACAUCAAAAGACAAAAGAGACAUAUUCUAUAGGUAUGCGAAGGAACAAGGCUGGCGAGCACGUUCAGCAUUUAAACUAAUCCAAAUAGACGAAGUUUUUAAUAUUUUGAGCGGUGUAACGCGAGUAGUAGAUUUAUGUGCAGCACCUGGAAGUUGGUCUCAAGUGCUGUCAAAAAAGUUAUGGGAACCAAGUGAAAACAAGGAUGAAGUUAAAAUUAUCGCUGUCGACCUUCAGCCAAUGUCUCCUUUGAAUGGCGUAAUUCAAUUACAAGGUGACAUUACAAAACUGGAAACAGCCCAAGCAAUAAUCAGUCUUUUUGGAGAUAAGAAGGCUCACUUGGUUUGCUCGGACGGUGCACCUGAUGUAACAGGACUACAUGACAUUGAUGAAUACAUUCAAUCACAGCUUAUUCUUGCUGCUCUUAAUAUAGCAACUCAUGUUUUAAUGAAUAGUGGCACUUUUGUUGCCAAGAUAUUCCGUGGAAAGGAUAUUUCACUUCUAUUUUCUCAAUUAUCAAUCUUCUUUGAAAAAGUAUCGAUUGCGAAACCAAAAAGUUCGCGAAAUUCCAGCAUUGAAGCGUUUUUAAUAUGCCAAAAUUAUCAACCUCCUGAUAACUAUGUCCCACAAAAAAUAAAUCCAAUGAUUGCCGAUUUAAAAGUAAUAAGAGAAAUAACUGACAGUGAAGUAAAUCGGAAUAAUAAUCCUUUUGUUGUAUGUGGGGAUUUACGAAGCUACGAUAGUGAUAUGUCAUAUCCAAUUGAUGAGAAUUAUGAGCAUAAAGAAAUUGUACAAAAACCGACCUCACCACCAUACAAGGAAGUAUUAGAAAGAUUAUCUCAAAUAUCUUUAAAACACGAAGGAUUUAGCAUUAAUAAGCAAUAAAGUUUCAAAUUGUAAUAAAAUUAAGUAGUUUAGUCUAGAUGUCACAUUGAAAAUAAACUUUAAUUAAUAUUAAUCAUUAUACAACAUCCUCAAUAUCAUCAUGAAUAAUAAGAAGA